ACGGGUAAAGAUGAGGUGGUUCUUAGGCGCACUAUCGGCUUAAAAAAGGAAGAUUAUUCCUUAGAUAAAAAAACUGCGACGAAAAAUGAUGUAAUGAAUUUACUUGAAAGUGCCGGAUUUUCUCGUUCCAAUCCUUAUUACAUUGUCCCACAAGGAAGGAUCACUGCUUUGACGAAUGCUAAAGAUCCAGAACGAUUGCAAUUAUUAAAAGAAGUUGCUGGCACAAGGGUAUAUGAACAACGGAGACAAGAGAGCAUGAAAAUCAUCGAAGAAACAGAUUCUAAAAGAUCAAAGAUCGAAGAACUUCUCACUUACAUUGAAGAACGUCUUGAAGAACUUGAAGAAGAAAAAGAGGAACUGAAAAAUUUUCAAGAAAUGGAUCGUGAAAGACGGUGCUUGGAAUAUUCAAUAUUUCAUCGUGAACAGACUGAUAUACUUCGUCAGUUGGCCGAGAUGGAUGAACAACGGGAAAAAGGUGUCCAUGGUUCGAAUCAACAAAACAUGGAAUUCAAUGAUCUUGAGCAAGAGAUUACAAACAUUGAGCGUGAAAUGGCAGAACUCCAAGAAAAAAUUGAACUCUUGAGAGUGGAAAAGAGGGAGCUUGAUGAAGACAUGCAAGAACAGAUUAAAGUCCACGCACAAAUUGAGUUGGCAAUUAAAGAUAUGGAAGACACCGCACAACAAAAUAAAGAAACAAAAAGAAGAAGAGAGUUGGAAUUACGAAAUAUAAAAAUGAAUAUAGAUCAAAAAGAAGCAGAGCUGGAUAGCAUAAUACCAAUUUAUGAAAAGGAGGUUACUGAAGAAGCUACAAUAAAGGAAAGAUUGGAUGAAUCUGAAUUGCACCGUCAAGCGCUCUACUCUAAACAAGGGCGUAGUUCACAGUUUCGUUCGAAAGCGGAAAGGGAUAAGUGGUUAAGAAAAGAAAUAAAAGAGAUCGAUGACACAAUGAUUGCACAAAAACAACAGGCUGAUGAGCUAGAAAGCCAAAUACGAGAUAUUUCGGAAAAUAAAUUAAUAGAUCAACGAAAGGAACUAUGGAAAGAAGAUGCGCAAUUAGAGACAAAAUUGGUCAAUGCACGAGAGCAAUGGAAAAAAUAUGAGAGAGCCUUAGCUAGUUCCAUGGAUAAGAAAACCAACAAUGGACUGAAUUCUGUGAAAUGUAUCACCGAACAGUUUAGGAUUGAAGGAGUUUAUGGGCCACUUUACGAAUUGUUUGAAUGCACAAAUAAUUCUAUGUGGACAGCAGUAGAAGUCACUGCUGGACAAAGUUUGUUCCAUGUAGUUGUUGAUACAGAUGACACAGCUACUAGAAUUUUAGAUGCUCUCAAUCGUGAACAAAAUGGGCGUGUAACCUUUGUGCCGUUAAAUCGGUUGAGAACUAAGAAUUAUGAUUACCCUGAGUCUGAAGAGUUUUUACCCAUGGUCAAUGUUGUCGAAUUUGAUAAAACGUAUACAAAAGCAAUAGUACAAGUGUUUGGUCGUACUAUAAUUUGCAAUGACUUAGAAACGGCAUCUAAGUUAUCUCGAGAAUACGAUUUGAAUGGUAUUACAUUGGAUGGUGAUCAAGUUGACAGAAAAGGUGUGCUUACCGGUGGAUAUCAUGACGUUCGUCGCAGGAGGCUAGAAGCAGCAACAAAUAUGAAAAAAUGGAGAAAAGAAUACACAGACCUGGAACAGCGAUCCAGAAAUGUUGAGGCUAAAAGACGACAAGCUCAAGAUAGUCGUGAUCCUCUUAUGUUCGAAUUGAAUUCAAAAAUAAAGGAGGAGGCAAAUUUGAAAGAGUCAAAAAGCAACAAAGAAAAAUCAUUGUUGAAUAUUCAAAGCAGUAUUAAGAUGUUAAAUGCACAAAAGCAAGCUCACCAAGCGGAAAUGAGUACUGAACUGGCCCAAAAUCUAACUCUACAAGAGCAACAGCGACUUGAAAGGUUGAAUGUUGAAGUUGAGCAGUUGAGUGAAAAAUUAUACAAGCUGUCGACAUCAAGAUCUGAGCUUGAGGGACGGAAAAAUGUAUUGGAGAAUGAAUUGGAUGCGAAUUUGAAAAGGCGCUACGAAGAGUUAUUAAUUCAAAUUGAUAGUCUAACUACAAGCGAAGAUGAUCAAAUCCGCAAUAACAAAAAUGAAAUCGAGGAACUCAUUAACGAAAUGUCUAAUCGGUCGAAAGAAAUCGAGAUAGAAUUGCAAGACCUCUCGACGGAACUAAGUCAGAAGACUUCUAAAUCCGAAGCAUUAAAAACUGAACAAAGCAAUCGGCAGCAAAAGUUGGAGCGGCAGCAAAAGAAUGUCGACAAAUUUCUUUCAAAAAGGAAAUUAUUGUUACAGAAGAAGGAUGAAUGCACUAAAAAUAUUCGUGAACUUGGUGCACUACCAGAAGAGGCGUUUGAAAAGUAUAAAAAUACAGACCCUACAAAGGGUUUGAAAAAGUACAGUCAUGUUAACAAGAAAGCAUUUGAGCAAUAUAACAAUUUCACCAAGCAGAGAGACACACUUACGAAAAGAAAGGACGAAUUAGAUCAAUCAAAGAGGGCUAUAAAUGAUCUAAUAACCGUAUUAGAUCAGCGAAAGGAUGAAGCAAUUGAACGUACUUUCAAACAGGUAGCAAAGUAUUUUGCUGAAAUAUUUGAAAAACUGGUACCUGCGGGACGAGGGCAAUUAAUAAUGCAAAAAAGAAAUGCCAAGGAACAAAUGGAAGAUGUCGAUGAACGGGAAGAUCGUGAAGGUGGAUCUGUAGAUAGCUAUACUGGUGUUGCAAUCAAGGUCUCGUUUAACAGUAAAACAGACGAAGGCCUUCGUAUGCAACAACUGUCUGGUGGACAAAAAUCUUUGGUUGCACUCACCCUAAUAUUUGCAAUACAACGAUGCGAUCCAGCGCCUUUUUAUUUAUUUGAUGAGAUUGAUGCUGCGCUUGACGCACAAUAUCGUACUGCUGUUGCAUGUAUGUAA